UUUGGAAUCAUCAAUCGGAAGCUAUUUGUGUAGUCACCGGAAGUGACGUUGUGUGUGUGUUUUUUGACGCUACAUGAAAACAAACAGCUGUUUGUAUCAGAGGACCGGCAUGUUCCCGGUGUGUGUGUCCGGUACCGGAGCCCUGACAGCGGCGGUAUGUCUGCUGCUCUGCCGCCUCUCCUCCUCUUCUCCACCGGCUCCGGUUCCGCUCAUCGCUUCUUACUUCGGGACUAAGACGCGGUAUGAGGAGGUGAACCCGCACCUGCUGCUGGACCCUCUGUCCGUUAACCGGUCCGUGUUAAAACCCCCGGACACCGAGCGCUGCUCCCCGGUACACAUCACCGCAGUCAUCCGCCACGGCAGCCGGUUCCCCACCGUUAAAAACAUCCGCAGGAUCCAACAGCUGAGCGACCUGCUCCGGGAGGCUUCCGGAGGAUCCGGUGUUUCCGGUGUUGCCGAAGGAUCCGGUGACUGGCUGCAGGACAUCCAGAGCCGCUGGGUCACGUGGUACACCGAGGACAUGGACGGUAAGCUGGUGGAGAAGGGGAAGGAGGACCUGCGCCUCCUCGCCAGGCGUCUGUCGGUCUUGUUUCCGUCUCUGCUGUCGGAGGAGAACGUGAGGAAGAGGAAGAUCAGCUUCCUCAGCAGCUCCAAACAUCGCUGUGUGAGCAGCGUGGAGGCGUUUCAGGAGGGGCUGCAACACCUGGGACCCCGAGAGGUGCAGUACACUCACCAGCUGGACGAUCAGCUGAUGCGUUUCUUCGAGCAUUGCCGUGGUUACGUGGACGGCGUGGAGAAGAACCGCACGGCGCUGGCGGAGGUGGAGAAGUUCAAACACGGCGAGGAGAUGGAGGGAGUGAGGAAGAGGAUGGCAGAGAGGCUGGGCCUUCCUCAUCACCGCCUCACACCAGAUCUGGUGGAAGCCGCCUUCUUCCUGUGUUCCUACGAGCUGUCAAUCAAGUCUCUGCACUCGCCAUGGUGCUUCCUGUUUGACCAAAAAGACGCUCAGGUCCUGGAGUAUAAAUCAGACCUGAAGCAGUACUGGAAGCGGUCUCAUGGUCAUGUGAUCAACGGUCUGUCCAGCUGUCCUCUGUUUCAUCACGUCUUCAGGACGCUGGACAAGGCCGGACGUCCUCGCAGGUCCAGUGAUGCGCCCCCUGACCCUGCCUCGGUGCUGAUUGGCCACGCUGAGACGCUCCUCCCCUUCCUGUCCCUGCUCGGUCUCCAUAAAGACGAGACUCCGCCCACCGCCGCCAACUACCAAUCACAGCACGGUCGGAGUUUCCGUACGAGUCGCAUCGUCCCGUACGCCGCUAACGUCGUGUUGGUUCUGUACGACUGCGAGCGCGGCGCGCGGCUGCAGCUGCUCGUCAACGAGUCGCCGGUUCGAUUCCCGCCGCUGCCGGACGAAGACGCUCCGCUGUACCGGGACGUCCGCGCCGCGUAUCGCCCCCUGCUGGACGGCUGCAGCGAGCACCGCGGCUGCGAGGGCCGGCACACCGAACUAUGACCUCUGAUAAGCCCCGCCCCCAACAGCAACUAUCCAAUCAGAGCUCAGCAGCAGUAACAGCUGAUCAGCGGUUUGAUUAUUUAUUAGUCAUGUUUUAGAUGUCUGCUUCCUGUCAUCACAGGAAAUGACAUCACUUCCUUUUCUUCUGUGGGUUUUUUGUGAAAUUAAACUUUAUUUAUCUCGUUAUGUCUCGACCAAUCAGAAGCCUCGAUGCCAAAAUCAGCUGUUUCCUAUCUGAUGAUGUCACUGAUUUUAUUCUCAUUCAAAACUUUUUACUUUAUUUUCUAUUAAAAUAAACUUUACU